AUGGGUGAUGUGAUCCAUGACGAUAAUGGAAAGACCUACGAGGUAGGAGAAAGUACCCCGGCGCUUCGAGUCAUGACCAUCGAAUUACGACACCGCUCUGAGGCUCAAACGUAUCACAAUCAAGUCUACGAAUGCAUGAUCGGUGGUCCCACCGAGGCUCAAAUGCUAGAUGACGCAUUUCUGGAUGUUGACGAAGAUGGUGUCCAAGAUACCAAGAGAAAUCGAAGCCGUCAUCGCCUGAGUUUACUUGCUUUUAGUCCCUUAUUGGAUAAGUUUAUCCGAAAGCUUGGCCAAACGGAGGAACUGAGACCAUAUAUCAAAGGGCAUCUGAGUGGAGAAGAUCGCGGAUUCAGUGUUUUCUGGGCUGCGACUUGCGAACAACGCAACACAGAGAAAAUUCCCGCCACGCGUGCUGCCCAGGCAGCAUACUUGGCAAAAGACAGCCCUAGACUUCGUUACCUGGUGCGAAUUAUGGACACCAUGGGUGCAUUUGACGAACCCGCCUCGGGGCCGGCUCUGAAAGAUCCCCCGCGGUUCUUCAUCCUCUGCAAGUGGCCAUUAUCGCUCUGGCUUGUGGAAAUGUUUAUAUGCGCCAUGGGAAUUCAAUACCGGAGAAUCCAUCCGGGAUUGCUUCCUCAGCAACGCGUGGACAUCAUGGCCUCAUUCAACACUCCAAAGUCGAAGGCAACAGUACUACUGACUACCUACAGUUGUGGCUCCCUCGGACUGAAUGACCAUCUUGUGUUCAGUAACAUGGUACUGAUGGAGCCUGAUCAGCAUAUUAAUGGACAGUUCCACGCUAUCGACCGAAUUCACAGAAUCGGACAGACAAACCCCCAACGCGUCUGGAUCUUGUUCAUGGAGCACACCAUCAACCGGUAUAUUGACUACAAAAAUAUUGAAAAGAUUCUACCACAGAUUGCCGGCGAGCAGCACCAAAGCUUUGCCGUGAAGCUGAAGGAGCUUCGCCAAAGUCGCCGUUCGGAUCUUCCAGAGUGUGAAUCUGACCUGAGCCUCGAUGAUGCCUCUACUGCCUCGGACAGGGAAGAUGAUUCCGAUGCCCAGCGCCAGGAAGAUAUAAGACAACUGGCAUACGAUUUCCUUUGUCGUCCUGACAAACUUGGCAUGGAGCCAGGAUGCGCUGUACGGGAUUCGCGAUAUGGGAAUUUGUUUGACCUAGACACAGAGGAUGUUGAGGCCGAUGACGUCGAAACCGGGGACACCGAGACUGAGAAAUUGGAGGCUGAUGACAUGCAGACUGAGGACGCCGAGACCGGAGAUGUCGAAACUGAGGAUGUCGAAACUGAGGACAUCGAGGCCGAUGAGGUCGAGGACCCGUUGCAGCACAGAAUCUACGUAAUAUCUCGUCGCACUCCUAUAAAUUCAGUCACCAGAGCGAAGAAGAGUGAACGGGAGCAUGGAACUCAACAGAAGCGCAAGUUCGAUGAGGAUUUCGGUCAUGAGGGCCCAGCCUCGAAGCAUCAAAAGGUCGACACGUCCCAAGGAUUGUGA